AUUUCGAGAGAGAUUUUCGUCUGCUAGACAUUUCGAAUACGUGUGCGUGUGUGUGACUGAGAGCUUGUCAUUUGACAUUUGGGCGUCAAUAUAUUUUGGGUGAAAAAAUCUACGCCCAACACAGAAUUCGGCAUGCCAACAGUUUGAAAAUUUGCUGCCAAAAGGACAAUCUCCGUUGCAAUUUGUCAUGGCUGAUUAUGAUUAUGACAUAAGCCAAGAUGGAGAAGAGGAUUUUUACCCAGAUUUUUACCCUGAUAAUUACGCUCUGAACGAAGAUGAUAAACUGUCUCCAUGGAAUGAACAGGAAGGCCUUCCUCCUAUGUCUCUAUUUCAGCUGUAUCAUAGCUGCAUUUAUCCAACAAUCAACGAUGGAUUAAAUCAUAUUUUUAAAGCUGUUGCUUGGUGUAUCAUAUACAGAAUAACAACUCAAACAGUAAACAUUCCCAAGCAGUUAUGUCAUGUUGUGUCAAUUGCCUGUGGAUCAAUGGUCAUGUACCAUUUCUUUGGCUACUACUUGUUUUACAUGUUAGCCCAAGGAAUGAUAGCCUACUUAUCAUUAGUUAUCUCAUCUAGUGGAUCAAAGAAUAUCAGUGGUUGGAUGUGCAUGUUUGUGUGCAUCACUUUUCUUUUGCUAUGCGAAUUGUUUAUUGUGGAUGCCAUGCAUUGGCAUAUGAUUCGCGCCGCUCAAAUGCUAGUAGCCAUGAGGGCUAUUUCCAUUGGCUUUCAGUUGGAUGAAAAAAUCUUAGCGAGCUUGCCUAAGCCAUUGCCUUACUUUGGGUAUCUGUAUAAUGUUGGAACAGUUUCGUUCGGACCAUGGAUUCCAUUUAAAGAUUACAUGAACAUCGAAGCCAACAAUCGAUCCUUGUUGAGGUGUUUUAUUAAUAUUCUCCGCGCGUUUAUACUAUCUCUAAUUUUUCUCACAAUAUCGGCGUGUUUUACGCUCUGGUUGAUUCCGACAGGAUCAUCAAAGUGGUUGCUGGCUUACCGCGAUGCCAUGUCCUUCCGAAGUAGUCACUAUUUCGUGUCAUAUUUAUCAGAACUUACUGCGUUAGCAGCUGGCAUAGAUACUUCCACAACAGAACGAUGGACUGUGACGGUCACUCGACCUUGGCAUAUCGAGCUUCCACGUUCUCUAGUUGAAGUCGUGAUUCAUUGGAAUGUCCCUAUGCACACGUGGCUCAAAACUUAUGUUUUUCGCGUCGCUCGACCGUACGGAACAUUUUUUGCCAUCAUCGGAACUUACGGCUUGAGUGCUCUACUCCAUGGAUUGAACUUCCAGUUAGCAGCAGUACUUCUUUCCCUAGGGUUCUAUACUUACACCGAGCACGCUACGCGCCAGAAACUUGCUUUGAUCUUCAGUGCCUGUAUCCAGGCUCGCAAAUGUGGUUCAAACUGUGGGCAUCAGUGGAAAGAAAAUCAUUGGGCUGUAAGAGUUUGCAAUUUUAGUUUCAGUCUAUUAGCCGUUUUUCAUUUGGCUUACCUGGGACUUAUGUUUGAUUCUUCCAAGUUGCAAGAAGAAGGCUAUAAUUGGUUGCAUGCCAUUAAAAAAUGGAGAUGGCUAAAUUUUUCAAGCCAUUGGAUCGUUUUGGGAACAUUUGGUUUUAACUAUUUAAUUUAAGUCUUUUUGUUAUUUAAAUGUUUUCACAACAUUAUAUUGGAAAAUCUUCAUCCAAAACUUGGUAAUUUGGUGAAAUUGUCUGUGCAUCACGAUUCCUCUCAAUAAAGGAUGCAAUUUCUUUA